UAUUUGUUUUCCAUGCGCCUUCUGGUUGGAAGGCUGGCAUUAAUGCAAAGUCUGCACUGUCAAAAGAGUUAGGAAACCAUAAAUUUCUAUUCAACUCCUCUUCUUCUCCCCCAAAAAAUCCAAUCUUGCAAUAGUUUCUGUGUCUGUUUUCUUGUGGGAUAGCCAUCAUCAAUGGAACAAGAAACACAUCAAUGGGUGCAUCCUCGUGAAGAAGAAGAAGAAGAAGGAAUGAUGGAAGAUGAUGCUUUGGUAAGAAAGAAAUUUGAGUCACAUAGCAAGGGUGGUCUCGUCACAGAAAGAGUACCAUCCUUCUCCUCAUCCUCUUCCUCCUUCUCUUCUAGUAGCAAUGACAGUGAGCAUGGUAAUGGAAUUGGUUCAGUGGUCACAGCCCCAGAUGGAUCUCCUGUUCAGAAAGAUGAAGAAGCCUCAGAGAUAAGAAAUGGUGGUGAAAAUUUCAACCAUGUUAAUGGUGAUAAAUCAGAUUAUGAAGCUGUUGGGCUAGCACAAGUGGCAGAGUUUGCGGGUGAACCAACAAAUGUAGAGGCCAUAAGUGGUUUUAAUAUGUCACAGAAUAUGAACAGUGUUUAUUUUGAUAAGCAACAAGGAAUGUGGAAAUGUCACCACUGCACAUGGACCAAGAGAUUUGACAGUCCUUGGACUGUGCCAAAUUGGAAUCUUAAGGGUUAUCCUGACUUGAUGAUGAGUGUCAGACAUAUGAUUCAACAUGCACCAUGUUUUGUUUAUGAAAUUAAAGAUAAUGGAGUUAAUGGAGUUCUAAAUGGUGAUGCUUAUGGGUCUGUCCAUCCAACAAAUCUGGGGGAGAGAGAAUUUGAUGUACAAGCAGAUAUGUCAGUUAUUCAAAACAGUCUAUGCAGCGAAAACACAAAUCAGUGUAUGAAAACUUUGGACAAGAAGCUCCCUUCUAUUCCAGAACUAUCCCAUAUACAUAAUUCAUCUGAUAUACAAGCUACAGCUGUUGCAGAUUUUCAUGAAGAAACUAGUGCAAAGGAAGCUCCUAACUUGAUAAAAGAAGAUAUUGACCAGCCACGAGAAGAAUUUGAUGUUGAGGCAGUAUUGGAAAAACAAGAGACACAUGAUUUGUUCUGUCCUAACUGUAAUUCUUGCAUUACUAAAAGGGUAAUCCUCAAAAAAAGAAAAAGGAAUCCUGGAAAUAUAGAUAUCAAAUCUAUAGGCCGCCCACGGUGGUUAGAUAGUCCUGAACAUCCCAGUGCCAACCAAGGUGAUAGUGCAAAUGUAAGAUCUGAGCCCGAUAUUGUCAUUCAAGAGCCACCUGCUGAUGAUGAUCAGCCUCAUGAAGAACCAGAAGUAUUCAGAUGUUUAUCAUGCUUCAGCUUCUUUAUUCCUAGUGGAAAAUGUUUUGAUGCAUUCCGUAUUUUUGGUGGCACCAGCAAGAAGGAAGGUGCACAAAAUCCUCCCAGUGUACCUGCGAGUAAUUUGCAGUUUCCUUCAAAUCCACAAAGCUCAAGUGCAAAUUGGUUCAAAUCUCUGAUUAAUAAGGGGAAAAAAACUAGUGAUGCAGCCCGUGAAUAUUCUGGAACUGCUUCUGCUAAGCAGCAUAACUCAACAUCAAUCACUUCAGAUGAGCUCACCUCACGUGGAAUUGGUCAUUCUGAAGAUCCACCUGCUGAUACAUCUGGAGUUACGGAUUUAAAACCUACACCAAAUAUUAAUCAUGCACAUGGAGGCAUGGAUUCUCUGAUUUCAUCAACAAAUGAUUUAUCAUCUAUACAGUCCGGUUCAAAAAGUGCGGGUGAUUUGGUGAAUGGAGUGCAGACAGUUAUGCAGGAGACACCAGAUUUUCCGUCUGUGAAACAAUUGCUGGACGGAAACUUUAUCAGUGAGGGAGAGAAAAAGGGUUAUACGAAAGAAGCCAUUCCGAAACCUUAUGAAGGGAAAACUGAAUUUCUUACUUCUGCGACUGUAGUACCUCAAGUCCUUGAGGGUACACUGGAAGAUGUAGACAAGAAACGUGAAAUUAUUCGGAAUGGUUAUUCCUCUUUGGUACAAGGAGCAGAAUCACCAAUUCAAUCACCUGGCAGUGCAAUACAUGCAAAUGAUGUAGCUAUUAGUGAGCAAAAUUCUAAAACAGAUGCUAUCUCUCCAUCGAACAUAGAUUUUACUCUAAUUGGCAAUGUGCCAAAAGAUAUUGACAAUGAAGUAUAUCCUCCUACCAGGAUAGAAAAUGAAGGUGGUGAUGUGAUAGUUGAUCUUGGGGAAGGAGCAUGUAUACCAGCUAAAGCAGAUGAUAUUCCAGCUAAAAGUGGUAUUAUAACUGAACUACCAACUUCGAUACCAACUUUACAACCAAGAGAUGAAGUUGGUGAACCACAAGGAUGGGAAAUACUUAAGAGCAUUGUGUAUGGUGGUUUAGUUGAGUCAAUCACAAGUCUAGGAAUUGUGUCAUCUGCAGUUAGUUCGGGUGUUACCCCAUUGAAUAUUAUAGCAUUGGGAUUUGCAAAUAUCAUUGGUGGACUUAUCAUCCUUGGUCACAAUCUUGUUGACUUGAAAAAUGAUCACUCUGGAGAGGAUCAAACACAAGCGGUUGUGCAAGAUCGGUAUCAAGAAUAUCUAGGACGUCGAGAGAACUUCUUGCUCCAUGCUGUUGUAGCUGUUUUAUCAUUCCUGAUUUUUGGUGCUGUCCCCCUUGUUGUAUAUGGCCUCUUGAUCAAUAAGAAUUACUACACUGAACUUAAGCUUGCUGUGGUAGCAGCUACUUCUGUUGUGUGCAUCAUUCUACUUGCUAUUGGGAAAGUUUAUAGCAGCAGACCGCCCAAAGCCUAUAUGAAAACUGUGUUAUACUAUGUUGCAAUGGCACUUUCAACCUCAGGAGUAACAUAUAUAGCAGGCAACCUCAUCAAGGAUCUUCUAGAGAAACUUAACCACCCAGAAUCAGGUUUGGCUAUAACCAUGCCCAUAUCAGGCACAAAAACCGGAUCAACAUGGAUGUCUCAAUGAAGAAGGAGUUUGUGUUUCUUCUUUUACCUCAUCUUCAAAGGUAGUCACUAGAGGAACUUGAUUAGAAUAAAUGUGUUUGUAGCAAAACGUGAAGGUUCAACCAACCUUUUAUUUUGUUUUCCUUUCCAAGACUUCGAUUUUGUUACCAAAAGAAUGAAAACUUGGAAAAUAAAUUCAACAAAAUCUUUGCAUUCCAUCUAUUAUAAGAGUUGAAAUCUUGUGUU